AUGUCGAAACUGGCACUCUGGCGAAACUGGCACUCUGGCAAAACUGGCGCUCUGGCAAAACUGGCAAACUGGCGAAACUGGCACUCAGGCGAAACUGGCACUCUGGCAAAACUGGCGCUCUGGCAAAACUGGCAAACUGGCGCUAUGUCGAAACUGGCACUCUGGCGAAACUGGCACUCUGGCAAAACUGGCGCUCUGGCAAACUGGCGCUCUGGCAAAACUGGCGCUCUGGCAAAACUGGCAAACUGGCGCUCUGGCAAAACUGCCGGCGCUCUGGCACUACUGGCGCUCUGGCAAAACUGGCAAACUGGCGCUCUGGCAAAACUGCCGGCGCUCUGGCAAACUGGCGCUCUGGCAGAUGGAUAA